UGAUUACUUUCGAACAGUUGAUAAAGUAUAUUCCCGUUUGUAUGUCUUUGGGAGUUUGUCCAAUUUCUGCUCAAAAAUUGAGAGCUUUUAUAAAUGAAGAAUAAUUCUUCAAGUUUUUAUGAUAAAGUUUCAUUACGAAUGUAGGUAGGUAUAGCUUCAUUUCUCAGUGUGUUGUUUGAAUGAUGUGGUCUUCUAGUUAUUCGUAGGUAAUCGCUAAAAACCCGUAUAGAAUUAAAAUUUUCAUCAAGGUGUAUCUACUGCCGCUUUAGCUGGAUUAUAAGUAGAAAAUUUCAUACUGAUUUGAAAUUUAGGCAUUCAUUUAUGUUUUUAAUUUAACGUAACAAGGUACUUUACGUUGAGAACGCUACAUUACAACAGCAUUCCAAGCUGAAUUCCGCUACCAUCGCGACGGUGAGCGGUUUCGUGUCUUUUCAAGUAUUCUAUCACAAAUUACUUAUCAACGAUUACCACUCAUCAUAUCAAUACGAAGGUUUCUACUUUGCUCUUCAAGAAAUUCUCUCACUGGCGAAUUGUGAACAUCAUGACAUUCGCAAGUCAGUCUCUUAGAACGAAAUGGCCGGAAUUAGUAGAAUCUCCAACCUUAGACACUGUUGGAGUUCGAAGUGUAGCGGGUUGGUUAAAACAGAUUUCUUAGUUACUAUUGGGCAUACUAAAUCCAAAUUUAGGAGUUACCAUUUAAAUCCUAAUUUACACUAUUUGAGGGUUUUUAAAUUUUCAAAGGCAUCUCUAGAAGUAAAACACGCGGCAAGUGGAAUUUCGAAAAUGUCUACUUCUGCGAGCACAUGUUCUUCGAUUACUAUUUUGCAUUUCAAUGACGUAUACAACGUUGAACCAAGGGAAGCGGAUCCCGCUGGAGGAGCUAGUAAAUUUUCUCAUGCCGUCAAAUCUUUUUCAUCGUUAAAUCCGUUGGUGCUAUUUAGUGGAGAUAUUUUUUCGCCGAGCUUACUUAGUACGUUCACGAAAGGGGAGCAAAUGUCGCAGAUUCUCAAUGAAGUAGGCACUCAUUGUGCAGUAUUCGGAAACCAUGAUUUUGAUUUUGGCUUGGAAACGUUGGCAGAACGAGUUAGUGAAACUAAUUUUCCGUGGCUUAUGUCCAAUGUAAUUGACAAUGAAACUGGACGACCGUUAGGUGAUGGUAAAAUAACUCAUGUUAUUGAAUGGAAUGGGAAACGCAUAGGAUUGAUAGGAUUAGUGGAAGAAGAAUGGAUUGAUACUUUGGCUACGAUUAAUGCAGAUGAAUUAACUUUCAUGGAUUUUGUUGAUGUUGCGCAGAAGUUGAGCGCUCAGCUUAAGGAAGAAGGAUGUGAUUACGUGAUAGCUUUGACCCAUAUGCGUACUAGAAAUGAUAAAAAACUGGCCGAACAUACCACCGACGUUGAUUUAAUACUUGGAGGGCAUGAUCACGUUUACGACGUUAUGAAGAUAAAUGAUAAAUAUAUUAUUAAAAGUGGCACUGAUUUUCGUCAAUUUUCUAAAAUUACCAUCGAUUUUGAAAAUUCAUGCUCCGUUAAUGUUGAGGAAAUUAACGUGCUUAAAUCGACUCCCGAUGAUCCUGCAGUUGUUCAACUUUUAGAUAAAUAUAAAGGUACUAUCAUGUGCAAGAUGACCGAAGUUCUGGGUACAUUUCACGUAGACUUAGAAGGGCGUUUUUGUAAGAUACGCACAGAAGAAACGAAUCUAGGUAAUUGGAUGUGUGAUAUACUGUUGGCUGCAACUGGCGCAGAUCUUGUUAUUUUGAAUUCUGGAACAUUUCGUUCCGAUCAAAUCCAUCCUGCUGGUGAAUUCACAUUAGGAGAUUUGAUGCGAAUUUUGCCGAAAGCCGAAGCUACCGUUGAAUUGAAUGUGACAGGUGAAAUAAUUUGGAAAGCCUUGGAGAACGCAGUUUCCAAGUAUCCGGAGCUAGAAGGAAGGUUUCCGCAGGUAGCUGGAGUGAAGUUUGCAUUCGAUCCAAAUGCACCUCCGGGACAGCGAGUAGAUCCUCUUUUGGUGCGAGUAGGUGAUGAAUAUUUAGUCAUGGAUCAAAAUUACAAACUGGCGACGAAAAAUUAUUUGCACAGUGGCUGUGACGGUUACACUAUGCUUCAACACUGUGAUGAAUUGAUUAGUCAAGAAAUUUGUCCAGAGUUAUGUUUAUCGAUUCAAAAUCAUUUUUCUGCUAUUAGAAUGCGACAAGGUAAAUCGAAAAGACUCUCGAAACAUAGGCAAAGUUUAGUCACGUUGUCUAGAAGACAUAGUUUAGUAAAACAAUUGGAGGGAAGCGAAUUGGAUGGACCGUCCCCAUUACGACGUAUUCCCAACUCUCCUACUGAACAUCACCAUCAACAUCACCACCAUCACGGUCAGGUACCCCUGCCGAGGGUAAAUCGACGUGCUAGUCUAGAUGAUUUGGAGCAAGAAUCUUGUCUCUUAGCUCCAACCAUUGAAAAUCGAAUCGUCAAGUUGACGCCAGAGAUUAAAAAAGAAUUGUACCUAGAAAGAGAAAGAAUAUUAGCAGACAGCAGUGUAAUUCCUGAAGUUGAAGAAAAUGAAAUCCAGUCUUCUUCCAGUUCAGAAGAAUUAGACAAAUAAUGUUGGACAAGUUAUCCUAAUAAUACAAACAAGAAACAAAACAAAAAUUCACCCGAGUUACCUCGUUUUUUUCUUGUCACACGCUAUUUUUUCAAAUUUAUUUUUACGUAUAGUUUAUACUCGUAAUAGCUAAGUAUGUAAGUAUGUGCGUAUAUCCUGUUUUUACUGCAUUAUUGUUAUGGUUAUUUAUUCGAUAGAUGUGUACUGUUGAUUUAAAAAAAAAAAAAAAAAAAAAAAAUGGAGCUUGUUUUAA